GCCUCCAUAUCCUGCACUCAACCUUUCAAUGAGAAUGAAAUAGUGGCACGAACACUUUGUGACCUAGGGAAACAACUAUUGUUACACUUUGACUGUUCCUGCCACUCAAGGACAAAUCUUCAGCUGCUCCACAAACAAAGAGCGAUAUGAAUCCUCAGCACAUUUACAGCUCCCUGCCAUUAUCCGGCUCCUCUUUCUCUUCUGGCUGCAUGUCAUCAUAAUGUAUUUGAACUGUGUCACACGUCUGCCUACUAUGUAUAGAGUGUGUUCUCAGAGCUGUGCUGUCAACUAGCAUCAGCUCUGGACAGGAGCUACUCAGUCUCACGGACAGUAUGUGGUGAAACACCCCGAUGUGCAGUAUUCUGAUCUGGGUCACAGCUUUCUUGUUGUGAGUGAGCAGUUCAGCUGGGAUGUCAUGAAGAUCCUCAGCAGGGAAGUGAUGGAGUCCAACAGCUGUCCACAGCCAGGACACUGGAAGUCAGCGGAAAGCCUGAGGGUCAACAUUGACGACAGCUUGUUCAUUGUAGAGAAAAGCCUUUUGGCUGAGAACUGUGAGUACUUCAGAGCAUUGUUCCAGUCAGGAAUGCGAGAGUGCCAACAGGGAGAGAUCCAGCUGCAGUGUGUAGGGCUUCUGGGCUUUGUGGUCCUGCUGCGGGUCCUGGGUGGGGAGCAACCUGUGCUGAGCAGCGACCAGAUCGUGGAAGCCAUCCAGUGUACGGCUUUUCUGCAGGUGCCGGCUCUCACCGAGCACUUGAUCAAUACCGUCAAUUCUGAAAACUGCCUACUCAUGUACCACACAGCUGCCACCUACGGUGUGUGUGAGCUCUCCCACAGGUCCGCCUUAUUCAUCAGAGAUAUGUACACUGACCUGAAGGAGGAUGUCCACACCUUACCUAGCAAGCUACUAGAGUACAUAGAGUCCCUUCUCCCGAGCAGCUACAUGGCAGUGUGCAGCCACUCGCCAACCACUGAUCUGCUGCAGGACGUCCAGAGGAGCGUCUGCUACCUGGACGAAGACAGUGGACAGUGGAAGGUUCUGACACAUCUACCUGCCAGCACCAGCACUACCAUGGCAGGCGUAGCCGUCCUGGACAACAACCUUUACAUCAUUGGAGGAGUGUAUGAUGUAAGCAAGAAGGUAGUAGAGACGGGUUUCUGUUACAACCCUGCAGCCAACACAUGGUCCACCAUCUGCGGCUCCCAGCAGCUGCGCUACAACUUCACUCUGAUAGGUCACGAGGGCUGCCUCUACGCUCUCGGAGGUGAGUACAACAGGAAGGCCCUGUCGUCUGUGGAGAGAUACAGGGUGUCUAAUGGAAGCUGGGGUUUUGUCUCCCCCCUUCCAUCCCCUGCAGCCUCAGUGGUGUCGGCUGUAGCCAUGAACAGGAUCUUCAUCUGUCUCUGGAAAGGUAAGGGGGCCACAGAUAUACACGAGUAUGUGUCUAAACGGGACCAAUGGCUUCUGGUCACCACGCUCAUCCGUACGCACAGCUAUGGUCUUUAUAUGGUAGCCCAUAAGGACAAUCUGUAUGUGAUGCGCAAUGGGCCCUGUGAUGACUUCUUACUGUGUGUGAUGGACUGCUACAACCUAAGUUCAGGCCAGUGGACGGCAGUGUGCGGCCAGUACGGGAACAGUAAAGGCUCUCUGCUUACUGCUGUGGUCAGAGGAGACUCCGUGUUCACACUCAGCCGUCAGGUGACCACAGAGUAUACUGUAGAAGAUUACCAAUGGAGAGUAAAGCGUGAGAUGUGCGGUUUCGGCAGGAUUGGAUCCAUAUAUACAUUUCUGAUGAGGCUGCCUAAAGCCACUCCAAGCCAAGUCUCCCCUAUAGGAAAUUUUCCAGAUCUGACUCGGGACAAAAACCUCAGAGACUGUCCCACAUUCUCCCCACAAUGCUCUGAUAACCUGUAAGAGCUGCUGAAAGAAGUAACGGCAUUACGUAUUUAAAAUACGAACUAUGAGUAACUGUAUUCCGUUACAGUUUAAAUUGGUGGUAUUCUGAAUACAGUUACUGUCUUUAAAAUAGAUUACUUGGUGUGUGUGCAGUGCACCUGCACCACACACCAGACGACAAUGGCAGAGGAGACGCACAGCCAGGACACUGUCUGGAAUGUGUUUUUGGCAUGAAAAUGUAAAGAACUUUUGAAGAGUUAGAGAUACUGAUCCAGCUCUGUGUCAUCUGAGUGUGGGCAGUGUGUGCCGAUGAAAGUUUUUUGGGUUUCCCCCGUGGCACAAGCGCAUGGAGUUCUCCUUGGAGCAGAGCAGAGCAGUGGAGGUCCGCUGAGAUCCCCUGGAUGAUGCAAAACUAGAAGCAAAAGAACGUUCAUCUGCACAUACUGUCCACACUCAGAUGACACAGAGCUGUUUUAAAUUCAUCAAAGUAUUUCUACUACAUUCAUAGCGACCCAGACAAAUAGGCGCAGCACCUGGGCGUUGGAGCCAUCAUAUACUUUUAAAAGUUAUUACCUUAGACCCCCCCAUACACUUUAACCAUGUCAAAAAUCAGUGCAUUGGUCUUACAACUCUUUAGAGCUCUGGUUCAGUACUUCAGUAUCAAAUCUAUUCCGCUUGCUUAUUGAGGGAAUGCCCAAAUCAAUAAACACCGUUCCACGUUUUCAUGUUUCCACGCUAUUACCAUGCACCCAGACAAGCUCACACAUACACACAAGUGCGAAUUGGCAUCAAACCGCCUCUAAUGAGCUGUCAUUUAAAGAUAUGAUUGUAAUAUUUCUAUAGGCUACCUGUCGACUUACCUAAUGACUAUACCUAUGUUCUAUAUGUUGUGCCUAUAUUGAGUUGUGUACUUACAUUAUCCCAAAUGUUUCCAACAAUGUUCAAACCCAAAGAAAUCUGUCAUUUUAACCAAUGACAGAGCGUGCCGUUUGGUCGCCUGUCAGGUGUCAUGUAACCUGACCCCUCUAGUUACUCUAACGUC